CUUCGCAGAAGAAGAGAAGGCGGAAGUGUCGCGGAUCCGGCAGUGGGCACCGCUCACACUUUGGCUUCGUGUUGUUUUCUCUUCAUUUUGGCAUUUGACAUCCACCACAUCUGCUCCAUCCCCGUCCAAACCCGUUAUCUUUCCCAUUGUGAUCUCCACAGAGAUGAACAACUCCGGGAACAAGCGUGCUCCCACCACCGCCACACAGAGACUGAAGCAGGACUAUCUCCGGAUCAAGAAAGAUCCAGUGCCUUACAUCUGCGCCGAGCCUCUGCCCUCCAACAUCUUAGAAUGGCACUAUGUUGUCAGAGGCCCGGAGAAAACACCAUAUGAAGGAGGAUAUUAUCAUGGAAAACUCAUCUUUCCCAGAGAAUUCCCAUUUAAGCCCCCUAGUAUCUACAUGAUCACACCCAACGGAAGGUUCAAGUGUAACACCAGGUUAUGUUUGUCGAUCACAGACUUUCACCCUGACACAUGGAACCCGGCCUGGUCUGUGUCCACCAUCUUGACUGGGCUCCUGAGCUUCAUGGUAGAGAAGGGUCCAACUCUGGGCAGCAUCGAGACAUCCGACUUCACUAAACGUCAGCUGUCGGCUCAGAGCCUGGCCUUUAACCUGAAGGACAAAGUUUUCUGUGAGCUGUUUCCUGAUGUGGUGGAUGAGAUGAAGCAGAAGCAGAAGGCCCAAGAAGAGCUGAGCUGCCGCACUCAGCCCCUUCCCCUCCCUGACGUUGUACCAGAUAGAGACCCCCAACAAGCCCAUUACCACCCCCCCCUUAAUGGACCCGCAGCGCUCCCUAUGCCCGGGGCUGCCAACAACAACAACAACGCCCUCCACAACCAGGCCAACCGCAACCACGGACUGCUAGGGGGUGCUCUGGCUAACCUCUUUGUCAUUGUGGGCUUUGCAGCAUUCGCAUACACAGUGAAGUACGUUCUGAGGAGCAUAGCGCAGGAGUGAGGGAGAGAGAGCAGACUCUUAAAAAUGAAAUAAAAUAUGGAAAAUAAACAGAUGUUCCUUCGGAAUCUCCACUUGGACUUUGAAAAACUUCAACUAAAGCGGUGGCAGAGGAGGAAAGGGUUGUACAUUGGUAACAACUCCCGAGUGGGUCAUGUGUGACCAUUCAAAAAGAUUCAAGCAAAACUCAGUAACUUAAGGAGGCUUUUUGGAUUAUUUUGUCAUCAACAUAUGUCCAAGGUGCAAUAUGUAACUUUUCUGAUAGUGUCCACCACCUGUUUGUUUCCAUGGGGAUGUUAGUACUUUGCUUAGAAUGUGCCACAGUACAGGAUUGUAUCACCACAUCAAUAAACUGGUACAAGUGUUGAAUAGACAGGUUUAAAGAGAGGGUAUUAUGUCAAAUCAACUUUUUUUUACCAUGUUUUUUUAACAUUGUUCCCUCAUCAGAAAAUGCCUGAAGAGCAUUAAGAUGUCAUCCAUGCAUGUUUGAGUAAUCCAGUGAUCUCUCUUGGGCUCUGUUUAUGAUAUAGCAGUAAGAUUGUGUCCAGUGCUCAGUCCUCGAGCAAACAUCACCCACCCUCCCACACAAUGCCAGAAAUAUGUAAAGCAGGAUACAAACACAAACACAGAACAACACACCACAACUUCACAAACCUGAUGCGAUGUGCAGUCGUUUCAUGAUGCACGCUGAUUGCGUUGUGAUAGCACUCUGAAUGGGGAGUGAUUUAGCACAGAGAGCAAAGGGAGGGGAGACUCAGAGCAUCAAAAACCUCAAAACAAAUGCUUAAACAUGUUAAUACGUCGUUUUCAACAAAUAUAGCAUUUUCAAACACUAAAAGGGAACUUGGUGAUGGCAGUGUUUUAUGUGAGCCGUUAAUACCCCCUUUUUAAUGCUCCACUGUGGAGACAAGCAAGUCGCAGAUUCUCCACCAGAAAAGUUACAUCAUGCAGCUUUUUAAAAUUUGUUCUCAACUCAUUUAACCAACUCCCAGACUGUGUAAGCCAAUAAAUUACUGAGUUUUGCUUUAAGGUUUGAGGGAAGGCGACACCAAACAUGAUACAAAAUCAAAAUCUGUAAAUGGUGCAAGAAGAAAAUGCUGUUUAUUUCUACUGGUUUGGACAUAAAGUGGACCACUGGAAAUGUUAAGGUUAUAGUGUGAAGUAUGGAGGAGGGCUGUGCGAUGUGACAAAUGAAAUCGUUAUUUGUUGGCCGUUUUGAUGAGGUUACUUUAAAGCUGCACUAUGGAACUUUUCUGGUGGGCGGGCAGGAAUUCUAAGCUACAGCUAAAAAGAAAUGCAGAAAUGGGGUUACUUCACCACAGUUCUGACAGGGAACGUGGUAAGGUGGUGUCCCCUGCUUGUUUCCAUGGAUACACAAGUUUAACACAAUACUGUGGAACAUUCCAGGCCAAGAAAUGGUGUCACAAUGUUCAAUUUUAAAAUUCUGUUUUGAUAUUAAAUAGAGUUGAUACUGAAUACAAAUUUUGAUACACAAAUGAUCAUUUUAAAAGCACUUUUUUUAAGACAAGAUUGUCAUUUCCAACACAGUGUAACAGUAUUUGUUUAUUACAACAGGUUAUUUUACACCAGUUCACUGAUUGUUCACAAAAGGUCCAAUUUUAUUCUGUUAAGUGAUUUUUAUUUUUCCCAGUAUUGAUACCUUCAUAAAGGAUCAUAUUAUGCUAUUUUCAUUUACACAUGUUUAACGCACAAACCCUGCAGAUUUAGACUGAGUUCUCUCAAACAGAAAACACUCUGCUCCACCUUGUCAUAAGGAAGUGCUCGACUGUUUUUAAACUCCAUACACCUUCACUAGAAUCAAUGCCAGUCUCUGCUGAACUAAAGGGGGAAGGAGCUUAAACUACCGCUUCAUGACAUCACAAGGUGGAACAGAGCACUCUGAGCUUUGAAGAAAGAUAAUAAAUAAAUAACGAUGACUAAUGAUAAAUAAAAGAAAGGGUUACUCAUGUUUGAAUGCAUGUUUUUGAGGAGGUAACAGCAUUAUAAUAUGGAAAUUUUAAUAUGGAAAUAUUGAAAGCCCAUAAGAAUAAAUUGAAUCAAAGACCUUUUAAAUGAGUACUGUAUCUAGUUUCGUGUUGAUUAGUAUCUGAUAUUUGAUAUAAAGAAAUAAUGUAUUCAUUGAGAGAGGCAGGUGGCAGACCCUCCACUAGAAAAAGUUCCACAGUGCAUCUUUAAUCAUCAUAGUGGCUCUAAGAAAUUUAUGCUCUGAUUUUGGUUCUGUCAUAUCACCCACUCCAAUAUUACAAACUCAAAUACACUAAUGUGACGAACUGCGUAGCAAAGUGAGAGAACUGCCUUAGAAGUAUGCGGGGAGGCGGGGCUUAUGGGCUGAUCUCCCUCUGAUUGGUCGAAUGUUUUGCGGUAUGUUGCCCUCUAAAUUCUGAUUGGUUCUGUCUAUCCAUUUUCACACAAAGGUAUUUCUGAUCUGCAGACACUCUACUCCAAUAUAACAGUUUUGAAUUUAAAAUAGUGUCUCAAAAUCAUCACUGUAUGUUGUUAUAAAUAUAAGAUGUUAUUCAAUAAAUAUUUUUAAAAGAGUUA